GCUCUCCAUCUCUCACUCCCUCUCUCUCUCUCUCUCUCUCUCUCUCUCCAUCACACACCCACUCUCCUCCCUCCCUCUCCUCCUCACGCUUCGUAUCUCGGAGCCUCGCACAGCCACAACUUCAGAGCGCCGACAACAUCUGCGGGAGAGAGAAGAGCGUGAGAGAGACCACAGAGCUUGGACGGUGCGCGGCAGAGGACGAGGAAGAAGGAGAGAGAGAGGGAGGGAGACGGCGUACGUAUAGACGGGUGUAAGGAGUUGAGGGCAUCCUGCCUGCCCAAGGGUGUGGCGAGGGGCAAGGGGUGAGAGGGACGCUGGACACUCUCUGCUCUCUCUGCUCCGUGGCCCUGCGCUCUUGCUGCCCCCUGCGGCUCCUGCGCCGCCCCUCUCCGCCCCCUCAGCCCUUGAUCGGCCCCUCAUCGCCCGGCUCGGGCCCGGGCUCCCCACCGUGCACCUGCGGGAUGGAGAAAGAGAGGGGCGAGGGAGAGCCGGAGCGGAGGGAGCGCGCCGAGCCGCUCAGUGACCUGGAGUGCAACAUUGUUCAGAACACCUGGGCGAGAGUCUACGAGAGCUGUGAGGAUGUGGGCGUGGCCAUCCUGAUCAGGUUCUUUGUGAACUUCCCCUCAGCGAAGCAGUACUUCAGUCAGUUCCAGGACAUGGAGGACCCUGAGGAAAUGGAGAGAAGCACCCAGCUAAGGAAGCACGCCUGCCGAGUCAUGAAUGCCAUCAACUCGGUGGUGGAGAACCUCCAUGAUCCAGAGAAGGUGUCAUCUGUGCUGGCACUGGUUGGCAAGGCCCAUGCGCUCAAGCACAAAGUGGAGCCCAUGUACUUCAAGAUUCUGAGUGGGGUGAUUUUGGAGGUGCUGGCUGACGACUUUGGCGAGUGCUUCACUCCUGAGGUGCAGACGGCCUGGACCAAACUGAUGGCCGUGCUCUACUGGCACAUCACCGGAGCCUACCAAGAGGUGGGCUGGGUGAAGCUCUCCAGCUCAGCCGUCUGAGACCAUCUCUCAAUACACCUAUACAUAUAUACAUACAAUAAACACAUACACUCACAGACUGGUUUUAACACUCGUUUGGCUAGCCGAGGGACUGAAUGAAAUGAAGAGGGGCAGGAGAUGGAUGGCUGGAUUGGAUGAAUAAGAAGGAUGGAGUAAUCUUCUGGGAACUAAUUGUUCACUGUUUUUUUUUUUUUUGUUUUGUUUUUUCACUUUUUGUACCCUGAUUUUACUGCAAUUAAACAUAAAAAUGCAAUGUUUCAGAGUUCCCACAGGUAUUGCACAGGACCUUUUUCCACAGCAUGUUUAAAAACAAGAACUGGGAACCAACAGAACGUAAAGUUUUACUUCUUGUUAAUUUUCCAUCUGCUUGAGAAACAGCUGGAACCCUUAUAGUAACAGCGAUGAAUGAUUUAAUUGUCUUUUUGGUCAUUUAAGGCCACUGUAGCACAAGUCUAAAGUGUUUUGCUAAGUAGCUUAACGUGUUGGCAGCAGUAGGUUGUUUUGACAUGAAACAAUAUACUGAUAUACUGAACUGUUCUGUGAGCAUAUAACAUUUCACACAGACUCUUGUAAAAUAAAUCAAUCCUUCAUUAUUUUAUGUGUACUGCGACAGCUAUAUAUUAGUUAGCUUACACAAAUGUCUACAACUACCCAGGAUCAUGUGCAGGUUCUCUGUCGAGUGUGAAGAUAUUAACGAAAAACACUCCUUCUGUGGACGCCAGCAUUAUUAGACUAGCAUUUAUGCUAAUAGCGUUAGCUUCCUAACUAGUUAAUCUCACUUUAUAGCAAAGUCUUUGCAAAGUAAAUUCUCAGAAUAGAACUCAACAUAUCAACAAACCAUUCUAGUUUACCUUCUGGUGCACUUAUUGGUGAUGUAAUAGUGCUUGGUGUCUUUAUCUUCACCAGGAAGCUGAGGUGUCGUUGGCUUCAGUUUCAAGUGUUGCCAAAGACAGAGCACAACACACUCAAUUAGCAUUAUUUCCUGUUAGGUCCCCAAUCUGGGCACCCAAAAUCAUAAAACUGGGUCUACUUAAAUGUUUCUGGCACACUGUGCAGUGGAGGAAUGCCCUUAAACAAACACCAACAACGUGUUUUUUGGUUGGGUCUUUAUGGGUUGGGUCUAUCACAAACUCAUAGGCAUCUAAACCUGCCACUAUAAUGACAUUCAUAUCCUUAAGUUACAUAAAAUUCAUUGUGUACUUGGAUACGUCUGCCACUGCAACUUUAAAUGAAUAAGAUUUUACCAUUAUCGCCAAUGUUUUGUUUUGGUUUAUGUUUACUGUUACUUAAACCGAGUUGGAUCCACUCGGAAGAAUAGCCAACGUUCAUGUGCAGACUUGGUGUCACAGCAUACUCUGAUUCAUAUGAUAGAGAGUAAAUAAUACUGUGAUUGUAAGUCUGGCAGUUGAGCCUCAGAGGCCUCACUUGAUUGGCUGAUUUGAUUGGAUGCCUAUACCAGUUCUGUUGCAAUUAUGACUAUUAUACCGAAAUGAUCUUGUUUUCCCAACCCCACCCCCCACUGUCCAGUCCAGAUGCUGUUAAUUAAAGUAGAGGAAGAUUUCAGAUAAACUACGGCGCCACAACACAUCUCAAUGGCUCCCGUCCUCAACAUCAACCAGAGGGACACCACAUACACGCAGACACACACAACUGACCACAUCAAAGUGAAUCCAGCAUUAACAUAGCAAACAAAUGGAAGGAAAACAGACACAUAUAUACAAAAACUCUUAAUAGACACAGUCAGUCUCACCAGCCAAGCAAUAAACAGACACAGACCAGGGGGACAAGAGACUUGCUCAACAGCUGAGUGUCUGCGGUGGCCUGUUUGGUUCACAUCAUUAAUGUAUAACAUGACCUGCCGCUUUUGCGUUUCCUCUCUCUUUCUCUCUCUCUCUCUCUCUCUGUGUGUGAGUGUGAGAGAGAGUGGAGCUGAUGUUCGUCUCCAUAGUGAACUCUUCCUGACAGCUUGUUUAUUAAACACGUCUCCACAAUCCGUCCAUAACUCAUAAAAUGACAACGUACUGUUCUCUCUACCCUCUCUCUCUCUUUCUCUUUCUCCCUCUGUGCACCUAUGUCUCUCUCCCUUUUGCUCUUUUUCCUAUUCCUUCUUCUCCUCUAUCUCAGUCAAUUGAUCUCCUCUUCAUUCUGAUCAAAGCAUUCUCUCUCUAUUCCUUCAUCCCUCACUGCCCCAAUCUCUCUCUCUCUCUCUCUCUCUCUCUCUCAGUUUCUAUUCCAUCAUCCCCCUCACCUACCAUUUCCUUCCAUUCGUUUAAUCCCCUACUCCCUUUCUUUCCUUCUCUCUUCCUCUCUCUCCUCAUCCCCUCAUCCCUCACUGUCUUACCAUCUCCAUCCUCCCAGCCACCCUUUCAACCACCCCCCACCCCCACCAUGUUAGGCUGAAUUUCCUCCUGACAGAUGUUUCCAUUAGCUGGCUGUGCCCACCUGCUGGGUCUCUAUGAAACAUCCUGUGCCAGAUUUCACUGUAAUCUCUCACAUACACACACACACACACACACACACACACACAAAUACACAUAAACACACAAAUACACGUACACACUCAGACACACACACACACACACAUAUUUACAGGUGAUAAACACUAAACACUAACAGAGGCAUGAACAGGAGUAAUCCUAUCUUAGUUUCAGCCCCGUUACGUAGUCUAGAUGUUCCCUUGUGAAUUCUCGUCUUUUCAAAGCUUGGACUUUAUAUUUUUCUAAAUAUGUGAGCAAAACAUUUAUCAAUGUCCUUGAAUAUUUAAUGAUUAAUAACAUGUUGUUUAUGAUUCUCUUUAUAUACUCUGCUAAUGUUCAAUGGGGUGGUUACUAGUGCUAAACAGAUGUAGUGAAUGAGAUUAACUAAAACUGACAAUCCUAAUAAAAGUUGUCAUCUACGGU